AUGUUGGAAGCUUAUGCAGGGAUGAAAACAGACCAGGGCAGGAAAACCAAUAUUUGCAAAGGAAAGAAGGGAAGUAGAAAGGGAUGGGAUCCUAUGUUUCCCAUGAACACCAAUAAUUUGAUGCUUGACCAUUCAAACCAUGAUAAUGGAGAGAUGAUCAGAAAGACCGAGGAAGGAAAAUUCCUUCGGAGGCGGUCAUUAACAUAUAAGUUGAUUUUUGGUGGGGGAACUAGCGUGGGGCAUGAAACCAUGGAGCCAUUUGGUUGUGGAUUCUCCAACAAAAACAUCCACGCUUGGAAAGCUAGAAACAAUACCCACUCCAACCCGCACUAA